CCCGUCACCGUCUAGGCAGGCGGACCAGGAGUGCCCGAGGGAAGUGAAGGGAACAGUCUUGUAAGAUUGAUCAUACCGAGUGAUCAGUGAUGGUCGUUUAGCACUCAUUCAGAUAACACAAGUGUGAGGUUAACUCUCAUUCAUAAAGUAAUAAUUGAUCGUACAAGUCUGAAGGGAGUAGAUUUUAUUCGCUUCUCCAUAUUUACAUGCAUUUAGAAUAUUUACGAUAUUAUAAUAGCAUAGCAUUGAUCAGUAUGAGAAGUUUAACAUUACAUUCAUUAAAAGUACAAUAGAAGUUUUGUUACAGUAGGUAUAUUAUGGACUGGUAAUCAUGAAUCAAAUGAUGUUUUACAAUUAUGCGUUAUCAUCUGUGUAGUGAGCUGUUCUGAAGAAUAAAUAUAAAUUUUGUAUUAUAAAAGAUUUCAAUGAAUUUACAGCAAAGUAAUUUAUGAGACAAAAAUACGAGCACUGAAGCUACAAAGUUUGUAAAUACUAGCAUAAAUGUGAAAGCGAGGAUUCAUAUGGUGAUUUUUUUAUAGAGAUCGAGAUGAUUGCUUUGGUUAGUUAACGAGCGAUAAAACAAUAACGCCAAGAUGGGCAACUUGCAAGGAAGUGACAAGGGCAAGAACUCCGGGAAGGCGGGGAAGGGCGGUGUGCCAAAGACGAAGAAGUCACCUGUGAAAGAUCUGUUCAAACAUCAGGUGCCGGGCAGUGGGGCCGCGGUGGGAACGGGGGCGGGGAAGAAGGUUCAGGCACAAAAGCCGGCGGAAGAUCCGGUCCCGACGCAGCAGGCCGUGACGGCCAGUGGUGGUGGAGGGGGGAAUGACCGAACAACCAGUUGUGCAUCUCCCGGCGGUGGCGCUGGAGCGGUGUUUGUGACGGACUCGUGGCGACAAGUGGGCAAGUUGCAGCAGUCGCUGGAGUCGAAGGUCGAGGUCCGGGUGAGUCCUACGGAGGAGACCUCCAGCUCGGACUCGGUGUUCACGGACCCUCUGGUGACGCCGCUGUGCAGCCUAGGAAGCGACUAUUCCGACGGCAAGGAGUGCGGGGAGUGUCGCCGCGAAGAGGACGAUGUGACUCUGACCAUGGAGACCAGUGAGGACGAAGAGUCCACCCCCGUGGCGGGCAAGAGACGCCUCCACUCCCACAGCUUGGACCGCCUGGACGAGGAAGCGGAGACCCCCGGCACCGGCAAAGCCAGGACCUCGGAGACCAAGACCGCCUUCACCGUGGUACGACACCGCAAGGUUGAACUGCCCCCGACCAAACUGAGUGAACAGUGCCUCAUCAAUGCCGCUGGCAAGGAUGCAGGCAGUGAUUUCCGUCGCCACUCCUCAGUCAGCGACGUGCCCCUGGACAGCAAUGUGCUACGGAAAGUGGCAUCUCUCACCCUCGACAAGGCGACACUCGAGCAGAAAAUCUCGAAGCCGAAGUUUGUUCCUGAGAAGUUAGACUUCCAACUUUACGAGAAGUUUGAAGGCCAAAUGCUGAUCAACUGGUUUGUGUCUGCGUUUGCUGAGGACCACUACCUGCGCCAGAACCUGAAGACGUCAGACCUGAGACUGCUGGCUGCCCAGUUCUGUACUCACCUGCUAGCAGCCGGUGUGCUCCGACAACUGCCUGACAAGGAUGUGCCUCAAGCCGAAGCUCUCUUCCGGCCUGAUUUAAUCUACUUCUGGUCUCACACGGAGGCAGUAAAUGCUGCUCCUCCCACGCCAGGUCGCCUGACCUCUGUGGCAUGGCCUCCACCACUCUCCCCCUCGUCAUUGCAAGGACAGGACAUCGAGAUACAGUACAAUGGCAAGUCUACCACCCUUGGAACAGAUGAAAAACAACGUGAAAGUGAAAAACGUCUCAUCACGGAGCUUGCUCGCACUGUACAAGAGCAAAAACAACAAAUUGAAGAUCUAGAGGCUAAGAUUGACAGAUUGAUGCAGGAAAAAGAGAGGACAAAAACAUUAGCAGACAUUCAGUCACUUGUUGAGGGUGUUAAAGCUGAUUUUGAAUCUCCUACUAGAGAAAAAACACUGUCUUCCACAUCACCAAAAAAUGGAGAAUCUCCAAGACAUAAGCAGACUCAAAAUGGCCACUACAGCAUAAGUUCUACUACUUCACGACUUGAGAGCAAAAUCAUUUCCUCAAGCAAAGAUCCCAACUCAGAAGGGAAGUUUACUUCUAUUCUAAUAACUGAAAGAGUUGAGCCAGAUAGGUCAAGAGCUGACCCAAGCACUCCCCUAUCGCCUUCCUCCAUAUCAGUCUCUCUGCGGUCUCCUGAUAAGAAGUCUCCAGUUGAAAACAAAUCACCUCAAACUGCUACUUCAAGAUCACCUGUGAAGACAUUUUCAGAAAACAAAAUUCAUGCUACAGAUGCUGAUGUUUCUCUAAAUGGUUCCAAGCAUUUAGAUUUAGAAGUUCUCUCUUCUCCCUCAUUAGUCACAGCCAAUGCUUCAUCUGCUACCUCCCUAACAAGUCCUAAUGUCGCUGCAUCAUCUAUAUCUAACGAUACGCCUUCAUCUCCUACGUCUGAACUAGUGUCUGUUCCCCCUCCUAUUCCAGAUUUAAUCCCCUCAUCACCUUCUCUUUUAGUAUCAGAAAAAGUUCAUACAUCAUCCUCACCAGUAAUACCUUCCCCUCCCCCAUUACUAUCAGGAAUACCCCCUCCUCCUCCUAUUCCAGGUAUAGCCCCUCCUCCCCCUCCCCCUCCCAUGCCAGGGAUGGCUCCACCUCCCCCUCCUUUACCAGGAGUUACGAUUCCUCCUCCCCCUCCUAUGUCAGGAAUAGCUCCCCCUCCCCCUCCAAUACCUGGAAUGAUACCUCCUCCUCCCCCUCCUCCAAUUCCUGGAAUGAUACCACCACCUCCUCCACCCAUACCUGGUAUGAUACCACCCCCUCCUCCUCCCAUACCUGGUAUGAUACCACCCCCUCCUCCUCCCAUACCUGGAAUGGGCCCUCCCCCUCCUCCUGGACCUCCACCACCACUAGCUCCUUUGUCAAUGGGGAUACCACCUCCCCCUCCAACUCCUGGAGGAUUAGGCCCUCCUCCAUCUCCUGCUCCAUUCCCAUCUCCCCCUGUUGGAGGAUGGAAUGCUCAAAGAGCAACAUUCCGUAAACAGCCUCUGAACCCUCCAGUGCCGAUGAAACCUUUGUAUUGGACAAGAGUGGUCGUGCCACCUCCUGUUGUGGAGGAGAGUCAGGCUCCUCAGAACCGAAGUGUCCCUCUGUGGGGAGAACUGGAGGAGGUUAAAGUAGAUAAUAUCGAUGAGUUUGCUCAACUGUUCUCCCGUCAAGUUAUUGACAAGAAAAGCACGAAAAAGAAAGUGGUGAAACCAACAAAAGCACAGGUAGCCAAAAUUCUGGAUAGCAAGAGAUCUCAAAAUGUUGGAAUUUUGUCUCAGAGCCUACAUGUGGACUUCUCUGAAAUUGAAAAUGCUAUUUAUAAUUUCGACACUUCUACAGUGAGCUUAGAAGCUUUACAGCAAAUUUAUGAUGUGAGAGCAACGGAUGAGGAGUUGGCUCUCCUGAGGAACCAUGUGGCUUCCGGCUCGGACCAGCCACUAGACAAACCGGAACAAUUCCUCCUGGAGCUGGCCGAUAUCCCACACUUCACCGAACGCAUUGCCUGCUUCAUGUUCCAGACUGAGUUUUCAGAUAGCAUCUCUGGCAUUGGAAGCAAACUCAAUAAUAUCAAGUCUACAUGUCAGUUUCUAAUGAGCUCUGAGAGCUUGAAGACUGUCCUGGGGAUAAUACUGGCUCUGGGAAACUUCAUGAACGGAGGCAACAUGCAGAGGGGACAGGCUGACGGCUUUGGCCUGGAGAUAUUGUCCAAACUGAAGGACGUCAAGAGCAAGGACAAUUCAGUGACCCUUCUACACUUCAUCGUCGUCUCAUUCAUGAAAAAAUGUGGUGAUGCUGUGGCUGCAGAGGGCAAGUUGCCAGUGCCAGAACCCAGUGAUAUUGACAAGGCUGCUUCGGUGCAGUUUGACGACAUCGAAACUCAACUCAAGAACCUCGACAAAAAAUUAAACGGAUGUCAGACGAAAAUGGAGACUGUGAUUUCUAAAUCCUUAGAAGAAAAUGUGCAGCCAUUCAAAGAUAAAAUGGAGUCAUUUUUAAGCGCAGCAAAAAAGCAACUGGCAGAAGAAUUUGAAAACUGUGAGGAGUGCAAGAGAAAAUUCUACAUCACAUUAAAAUUUUACCAGUUCCAGCCAAAGGGAGGGAUGAAAGAAGAGGAAGUUGCGCCCAAAGACUUUUUUCCACUUUGGACACCCUUCUGUUCAGACUUCAAAGAUCUCUGGCAGAAAGAACAACAGAGAAUCAUAAAAGAAAAACUGAAGGAGGCAAAGAAAAAACAAGAUGAAAGGAAACAAGAAAUAAAGAAAGGAAAACGAGAUGCAGGUGGACUGAAGUCACAGCUGAAGAAACUGGAGGGAAAGCUAAUGAAAACAUAAGUAACUGGAAACUUCACUGAGGCUGUGAGACGAGAAAGACUGCUGUGAGCACUCUAGUCACUAAAAAUACUUUGCUUUGUUAAUUUUAAAGCAUUUAUAUACUAAUUUUUAUACAUUGUUAUGCACAAGUUGCAAAUAUUUUUACAAAACGUUGUACUUGUACAGACAAUAUAUUUCAGUUAUUAUUUUUUUAAA